AUGCAUGAACCAUUCAUGCUUAUAAUGAAUGUUUCCUUCGUGCUGUUGAUUGCAACUGCUGCCAUCAAUGCCCAGACUGGUUACGACAACUACGCUGUUAGAACAUGUCUUUGCUCGAGAGACAAUUCGGACAGAAUAAACAGUCAAUGCGAAAGAUACCAUGUCCACAACCUCGACUAUAUCGAGUUUUUGGAAACAAUGUUCAGAAUAUGUGCACAGGGACAGCUGGCAUUCGGCGUGGAUCUAUUCGACAAGUCACAGGCAAGCAACCAGACAUUUGUGAUGGAGGUGUUUGGGCUUAUCUUUGACCAUUGCAACAGCAGGCGAUACGAGGUGUUUUCUGUCGCCACAAUCGUAAUGUACAACACAUCGUACCUAUAUCAGAUGCAGGACAGCAAAGGCAAAAAGCAGUACAAGCCCAGAGGAAUAUUCCAGAUAUCUGGGCUGGAGAAGUACGAAAGCAUGGACGAAGUGAGCUUCCAUUACCAAGGAUUCUACGUAAAAACACCGGAAAUACUAGGAAGAAAAAACAUCAUGGUGGUUGAAGACUCCAUUCGGUAUUGGCUGGAGAUCUCGCAGCACUUUAAACACCGAGACGAAAUUAAUAUAUACACCUUGCUGAGAAUUCUGAAACCGAAAUUCUACGAAAUGUACAAAGAAAGCUGCCUUACAAAUAGGCCGUGGUGGUCGUGGAACAGGUAUCGCAAUAAGCAAAAGAUCGAAGCAAACAAAAAAGUUGAGCUACUAAUCGAAAUAUACAACAGCCUUAUAAAAAUAUUCAGGCCUGAGCCAAGAUACUCACUGCCAGGAAAACUGGAAGGCGCGGAGUAA